GAGCGGUGCAAUCGUCAGGGUAAUUUCGAUCGGGGAGGUUCUGUCGCAUCGAGGGUUGUCUCGUUCGUCGCGCUUUCGAGAAAAUCCGACUAACCGUGGAAAUUUCAAGGGGUUGAGUGGUGUAAUUGUGAAAAGGGGUGAUAAUUAUUCAAUCUACAUCCGUUAAGACAUUCAUAAUGUUUCACUUGAAGACUUUGGCCAAAACCGCUGCGCUUAAGCAAGGUGCAGACGUCAGCACUCUUUUGCGAACCCUUCCUGCGGCUCUCCAAACACGCGGCUAUGCCGAUCACCAAAUACCGGAUCGUCUCAGCGAUGUGCCGACAGCUCCUAAUCCAAAAUUUUUCGAUAUGGUCGAGUAUUUCUUUCACAGAGCAUGCCAAAUAGUUGAGGAUAAGCUGGUUGAGGAUAUAGGAAAAGGAUCGAAACUCAGCGUCGAAGACAGGAAGAAAAAGGUUAAGGGUAUCCUCAUGCUUAUGCAGCCAUGCGAUCAUAUCCUGGAAAUAAGUUUUCCUCUACGACGCGAUUCUGGAGAUUACGAAAUGAUCCAAGGAUACAGAGCCCAGCAUUCUACUCAUCGUACUCCAUGCAAGGGAGGUAUUCGUUUCUCAAUGGAUGUUUCCCGCGAUGAAGUCAAAGCUCUUUCCGCCCUGAUGACCUUUAAAUGCGCCUGUGUUGACGUGCCAUUUGGCGGAGCUAAAGCUGGCAUCAGGAUUAAUCCUAAAUUGUACUCUGAACAUGAACUAGAGAAAAUCACCAGGAGAUUCACCUUGGAAUUGGCAAAGAAAGGAUUCAUCGGGCCUGGUGUGGAUGUACCUGCUCCUGACAUGGGAACUGGUGAACGUGAGAUGUCUUGGAUCGCCGACACUUAUGCAAAGACCAUUGGUCACUUGGACAUAAAUGCUCACGCUUGUGUUACGGGAAAACCAAUCAACCAGGGUGGUAUUCACGGACGCAUCUCUGCUACUGGACGCGGAGUCUUCCACGGGCUUGAGAAUUUCAUCAAUGAGGCUAAUUACAUGAGCAUGAUUGGAACCACACCUGGUUGGGGUGGCAAGACUUUCAUUGUUCAGGGCUUCGGUAAUGUCGGCCUGCAUUCGAUGCGUUAUCUGCACCGUGCUGGUGCAGUUUGUACCGGCGUCAUUGAACAUGACGGAUCUAUUUUCAACCCAGAAGGUAUCGAUCCUAAGCAAUUGGAGGAUUACCGAAACGACACGGGAACAAUUGUAGGUUUCCCCGGUGCGCAAGCGUACACAGGAGAGAAUUUAAUGUACGAACCUUGUGACAUCUUCAUACCCGCUGCCAUUGAGAAAGUUAUAAACAAAGAUAACGCUAGCCGUAUUCAAUGUAAAAUUAUCGCUGAAGCUGCCAAUGGACCCACUACCCCUGCUGCUGAUAAGAUUCUCAUUGACAGAAAUAUUCUUGUAAUCCCCGAUCUCUACAUAAACGCCGGUGGUGUAACAGUUUCUUUCUUCGAAUGGCUUAAAAAUUUGAACCAUGUCUCUUACGGUCGACUCACUUUCAAAUACGAGAGGGAAUCCAACUACCAUCUUUUGGAAUCCGUUCAGGAAUCGUUGGAACGCAGGUUUGGACGUGUUGGCGGUAGGAUUCCUGUAACACCUUCAGAAUCUUUCCAGAAGCGUAUUUCCGGAGCCUCAGAAAAGGACAUUGUACAUUCUGGUCUUGAUUAUACAAUGGAGAGAUCGGCGCGAGCCAUAAUGAAGACUGCGAUGAAGUUCAAUCUUGGUCUAGACUUGAGGACGGCCGCAUACGUAAAUUCCAUCGAGAAAAUCUUCACAACUUACUCUGAGGCUGGGCUCGCAUUCUAAGAAGAAAACAACCAUGAUUCAAUUAUUUAUUGGCGCACGACUCUGCACAUAGCUCAGCAUCAGAGAAAAGCGAGAAGGAAAGGGGGGAUAAGUCAGUAUUGCUCGUAAAUUCUUGAAAAUCUAUAUGCUGCCAUCUCAGUAAUCAUGUUAUUCAUUUUGAUACUCGAUUUAAAUGCAAUUAACGCAUAAUUUGGCGGAUAUUUCUUGUCCACGUUAUUACGUGCGAUGUAAUUAUUAUCGAAUGAUUUUUUAUGAUAUUGAAAGAAACUACUAGCAGAAUAGCAGAAACAAACACCGAAUCACUCGAUAAAUUUUUUCUUUUAUUUAUAGAAAAUAAGAAGGUACAGUAUAGAUUUUAAUUUCAUCUAAUGUCAUUCACAAUUUAAAUAUACAUGUACCGAGAUCAUCAUCAUUUUCCAGUCAUUUUCAAACAAUAGUAAAAUUUCGGAAGUACGUGUCGCUAUUCUGGCGGAUGCACUAUUAUUAGUGAAAAACCAUGCAUGAUAUUACUCAUGUUCGUUUCUAGGAAUUCAGUGGACACGAUGUAUUAUAUGAACAGUAAUAAUGUAACAGUUGAAAUAUCAUGUUAAUAAAACGUACUCGCUCUAGAUAUUGCUUAAACCGCAGUUUGAGCCUCGUCGCUUUGAA